CAGGAAAUAGAAGUCAGUAGAGAUGUUCGGAGAGUAGUGUUUAGUCAUUUGUCCGUACGUUCUAGAUCAGUAAGCGUUCUCGGCAGGAUCUUGGGGUAACAUGCAGUGACCAGACAUGGGGGGCAAUAUUACCCGUGUGUUUAGGAACUUUAAUCUGGAAAAUCGCGCUCAUAGGGUUAUAGGGGAAAAAAAAACAACCACAGCUCCGCUGCAUCCGCGCACAAAGGAUGCAAUACAGGCGGUGAUAAGCGAAAAUCCGUACAUUCAGGAAAAAAUUAACAAAAAAGAUGACAUUCUUCUGUCAUACCUGAAAGAAGUUUAUGUUGAUUCCUCUGACCCACCAGUGGAGGUAAGGAAAGAUAUCCCACCUGAACAAGAAGAACGCAGACUUCCGAAACAAACCUUGAAGAUAAAUGCUUUAGCCAUUUUGGAUGUGGAAAAUAUUCCUAAAGGAAAAAUUUCUAUACCAGAGGUUUUGACCGCCCUUAACAAUCACAAACAUUCUCCAGAAACUUGGACAGCAGAAAAAAUAGCAGAGGAAUAUUCUCUAAAUCUGCCUGACUCCAAGGCUUUACUAGAAUUUUUUAUGCCUUUUGAUGUGAAGAUUAUUGCAAAAAAGAACAAGGAAAUGACUGAAACCUAAAGUUUGCUGCUUAUGUGUACAUUUUUGUACUGGUAUUAUUAUAUUUUAAGAAUGUACCUUCCUUGAUUGUAUUUCUAGUUUAUUAUACUUUGCUCUAAAAAUAAAAAGCUAUAUCAAAUAGUUCAAAUGUCAUAAAAGCAUAUCAAUAGUUUAAAACCCUGGGUACAUCUGUCAAUUCAGACAAAUUUUGAUCCUUGAAACAUUGAACAUUGCUGGGCUGGUGGAUUACAAAUGCGGCAGUUGUAAAGUGUGAUUAAACUGAACACUAAAAUAUA